CUGUCAAAUACCAUAAAUACAGUCAAAUUGAAAAAUUCAAUAAAUAAAAAUAUCCUAAGCGCUAACAGUAGAAUUGUUAAUGGUAUUACUGUAUAUAAAUAUUCAGAUACUGUUAUAUACGUUACACAGUAGCGGGGAAACAUGGCACACCAAGAAGACUACGAUCUAUUUCCCGAAGAAAACGUUUACAUAAAUCCAGAAGAUGGAAUGCCUAAUAUUCAUCCUAAUAUAGUUAAUUUUGAACAAGAAAGUGAUACUCAAGAUGAAGUCGACAACUUUGAUGACCUACCUAAAUCUGUUAUUGUAACAAACAUUAAUAGCAUCGUUUUUUCUGAUGAAAAUUUGAAAAAAGAGAUGGAAGACUUAUUCCGUACAUUUUCGGAAAAUGUAACGUUUCAGUGGCUCCGCAGUUUCAAAAGAUUACGCGUUAAUUAUGACAGCCCCUUAGCUGCCGCAAAUGCACGAAUUCAAUUACAUCAAUACCAAUUUUACGAUUCAUGCAUAAAUUGCUAUUUUGCCCAACCUGUGACACCAAUUUCAUUUAAGAAUCUCAGACCCCCGGCGCCUGUUAAGCAAUUUUUGAUUUCACCUCCAUCAAGUCCUCCAGUUGGCUGGGAGCCUCGAGAAGAAGGUGAACCCAUUGUGAAUCAUGACCUUUUAGCGGCACUUGCAAGUUUAUCUCCUGGUGAAAGUCGAGAGCUACACGCACCCACACCAACACAACCAGCCAUUGUAGUGCACACUGCAAUAUCAGAGGUUUCUCCUCCGCCUGGUGCAAAAAAAAUUCCUCACACUCGUUGUCCAGAAUACUGAUAAAAUGCCUUAUGAAUUAAUAAUGUUGACAUAAAAUAGAAUUUUAAUGCUUUUAUAAAAAAACUCAUGUCAUGUUUGUGAUGUGUAAAGCCAAAGUUGUUAAUUUAUUUAGCUGAAAAAUAGCCAUCAUGGAAAAGGCAUAGUUGUAUAUGAUAGUCAACUCAACUCACCAAUGAUAAACUAAUUUGUUAUAGAUUUGCAUACUUUUAUUAAUUAAUCAUAUAUUAUUAUUGUAAAUUCAAUUGAAGUUGGAUUGGUGCUACAUUCUAUUAAAGGGUAAUCAUAAAAAUUGUUUUACA